GGGGUCAGGCGGAAGGGCCGCGGCCUGUGCGUGCCCCGAGGCGGCGGAGCGAGGCCUGGGCCGCGGGUGCUCGGCGCAACGCGAGGCCCCGCGGGCUCCGGUAGAGUGUUGGGGAGGGUAAGAGCGGGGACGGCCCGGCCGCGGCCCGGGGGAGCGCGGGGGCUGCGGUGAGGAGGUGAAGGGGUGGGCACGGCCUUUGGAUCCCCGGCCUGGGAGUGAGGCAGUGACGGGAGGAGGCAGGCCGAGGCGGUGCAGCGGCUGGCGGCGGGGCAGGCUGCUCCUCACCCGCUGCUCGCCCAACGCGUGCCCGUGUUUGGAGAGAGGGGCCGCGCGUCGCCCCUCGGAGCCGUCGGGAGGAGGGCAGGGAGGGAAUGCCGUCUGCUGCCGGCAGGGAGGGAGGGAGGGAUGGAUGGAUGGAUGGAGGGGGGCAUUACCCAGGCCCCAGCGGGCAGAGGGGCUUCGGGUAAGGGGCAGUUUGAUGCGGCCCCUUCCCCAGCCCAGCAUCCCCGCGGUUCCCUCCCUAUAAAGGGGGACAGAGCUCCGAGCACUUUAACACCUUCGCCUUCAGGGCUCGCCUGUCAUUUUCCUCGGUGCACAGAUUUCCUGUUUUGAGAACUAGGCUGAUAGCUUUGUUGGAGCAAAUAGUAGAAAUGGGGUUCUGUGGUGACUGCGUUUGGUUGUUGAGGCUCACGGCCGGUUGGGGAGAGUGCUUGUGAAUGCCCCUGGAUUGAUUCACUGAGCCCUCUGUAACUUAGAGCUGCAGCAUUUGGAGGAAACAGCAGAGACAAAAUGGACAGUUAAUAAAAGGAACAACUGUAUGCUGCCUGAUCUAGAGGGCACUUGCUGCCCUUCAGGAACUUUCCUCCUCACACACGCUCUUUAUACAGCAAAUCUUUAUCUUCUGUCUCUUUUUUUCCCCUACCUUCGUCUGGGAAAUGAAACUGGAACAGACAUUUCUGGAAAUGACAGACUCGAUUGGUGCAGUUGGGAAGAUGCGAUUCGCAGUUAAAAUGAAAAUUGAAAUUCGUCCCGUUUUUUUUUUUUUUUUUCAUAGUGAUCUGCAUUUUGUGUUUUAUGAUUUUUCACCUCUUCGCACAGCCGUGCUUGUGUGGUCGGGUGUUUCUGAACCCUUCAAGUGAUGGCAUCCAUUGCAUCAGAUUGCCGAGAGGUACCCCAGCAGCAGAAAUGAUGGAAGAAUUGCAUAGCCUGGACCCACGAAGGCAGGAACUACUGGAGGCCAGGUUCACCGGGGUUGGUGUUGCUAAGGGUCCAUUAAAUAGCGAGUCUUCCAACCAGAGCUUAUGCAGCGUGGGUUCUCUCAGUGAUAAAGAACUGGAGACUCCUGAGAAAAAACAGAAUGACCAGCGGAAUAGAAAAAGGAAAGCAGAAGCAUAUGAGACCAGUCAAGGAAAAGGCACUCCUAGAGGACAUAAAAUUAGUGACUAUUUUGAGUUUGCUGGGGGAAGCGGCCCAGGAACCAGUCCUGGUAGAAGUGUGCCACCAGUUGCCAGAUCAUCACCGCAGCAUUCCUUAUCCAACCCCUUACCACGGCGAGUGGAGCAGCCGCUGUAUGGGGUAGACGGCAGCACAGCAAAGGAACCACAGGAGGAUCACUCUGCUCUGCCAACGCUGAUGUCGGUGAUGCUGGCGAAACAGCGGCUAGAGAGUGAGCAGCUGGCACAGAGGGGAGGUGGCCUCUGCUUUACUUUUGUCUCGGCCCAGCAAGGCAGCCCAUCUUCUACGGGAUCAGGGAACACUGAGCAUUCCUGCACUUCCCAAAAACAGAUUUCCAUCCAGCACAAACAGUCACAGUCGGACCUCACAAUGGAAAAAAUAUCUGCACUAGAAAACAGUAAGAACUCUGACUUGGAGAAGAAGGAAGGGAGGAUAGAUGACUUACUAAGAGCCAACUGCGAUUUGAGACGGCAGAUAGAUGAACAACAAAAGAUGCUGGAGAAGUACAAGGAGCGGUUGAAUAGAUGUGUAACGAUGAGCAAGAAGCUCCUUAUAGAAAAGUCAAAACAGGAGAAGAUGGCGUGCAGAGAUAAGAGCAUGCAGGAUCGAUUGAGGCUAGGUCACUUCACUACGGUGCGGCACGGGGCGUCCUUCACCGAGCAGUGGACAGAUGGCUAUGCCUUCCAGAACCUCAUCAAGCAACAGGAAAGGAUAAAUUCCCAGCGGGAAGAAAUAGAAAGGCAACGAAAGAUGUUAGCAAAACGGAAGCCACCUGCAAUGGGACAGACCCCCCCAGCAAGCAAUGAGCAGAAGCAGCGCAAGAACAAGACCAACGGAGCAGAAAAUGAAACGUUAACGCUAGCAGAAUACCAUGAACAGGAAGAAAUCUUCAAACUCCGACUGGGUCAUCUGAAAAAGGAAGAAGCAGAGAUCCAGGCAGAGCUGGAACGGCUAGAGAGGGUUAGAAAUCUACAUAUCAGGGAAUUGAAAAGGAUACACAAUGAAGAUAACUCACAGUUUAAAGACCAUCCAACGCUAAACGAUAGAUAUUUGUUGCUACAUCUUCUGGGUCGGGGAGGCUUCAGUGAGGUAUAUAAGGCAUUUGAUUUAACGGAACAGAGAUACGUAGCUGUGAAAAUACACCAGUUAAAUAAAAACUGGAGAGAUGAGAAGAAAGAAAACUAUCACAAACAUGCGUGUAGAGAGUACAGAAUUCACAAAGAACUGGAUCAUCCUCGAAUAGUUAAGCUAUAUGACUACUUUUCACUGGAUACUGACUCGUUUUGUACAGUGUUAGAAUACUGUGAGGGAAACGAUCUGGACUUCUACCUGAAACAGCACAAGUUAAUGUCGGAGAAGGAGGCACGAUCCAUUAUCAUGCAGAUUGUGAAUGCUUUAAAAUACUUAAAUGAAAUCAAACCUCCCAUCAUACACUAUGACCUUAAACCAGGUAACAUUCUUCUAGUCAAUGGUACUGCAUGCGGAGAGAUAAAAAUCACAGAUUUUGGGCUUUCCAAAAUCAUGGAUGAUGACAGCUACAACUCUGUUGAUGGCAUGGAGCUGACAUCGCAGGGGGCUGGUACUUACUGGUAUUUGCCACCAGAAUGUUUCGUGGUUGGGAAAGAACCUCCAAAGAUUUCAAAUAAAGUUGAUGUCUGGUCAGUAGGGGUCAUCUUCUAUCAGUGUCUCUAUGGCAGAAAGCCCUUUGGCCACAACCAGUCACAACAAGAUAUUCUACAGGAGAACACGAUUCUGAAAGCUACCGAGGUGCAGUUCCCUCCAAAGCCAGUAGUCACACCAGAAGCAAAGGCAUUUAUCAGGCGUUGUUUGGCCUACCGAAAGGAGGAUCGGAUAGAUGUCCAGCAGCUGGCCUGUGACCCAUACUUGCUGCCUCACAUCCGCAAAUCUGUAUCCACAAGCAGCCCAGCUGGAGCUGCAAUUGCAUCAACCUCUGGAUCAUCCAAUAACAGCUCUUCAAACUGACACAGAAUAAUAGGCCAAAAACUGCUUGAGAAACCGGCAAAAAGACUUUCAGAAACGGCUUUGGAGUAGAGGAAUCCGCAAGGGUCUUGAGAAACCUGUACCAGGUGCUUUUUUUCUCUUGCUUUUUUCCAUCCAUAGAGCAUGACAACAUCUAAUCUCAUCAAGAAAACCGUCAGCAUCUAGGCCAAGCCAUGUGGAUAGGAGGUGGCUUGAGGUUUGUCCAGCAAAUGACCACAGAGUGUGGCUGCUCUGAACAAGGAGGGGAAACUCAAGAAAAUAUAAGAAAAAAAAGACAUGGUUCCACGUACUGUGAACUUCUGAACAUGCAGCCUUGGGGAAUCCAGAACGCCGUGUGUGCUUCAUAUGAAGAAUGUGGACUUUGGAAAAAGACUGGUCGAGUCCAGUGUUGAUAUUUAAACAUUGUUCUUUUUCUUUUAAUAAAGUUUAGGUAACAUCUCCUGAAAAGCUCGAAGCACCAAGGUUCAGCUGGGGAUGGUAUAUGACUCUUUGCCCUUUGGAGGGGAAAAAAGUUGAUCCUGCCUGUUCAUGGCACUAGCGUUAGUGUUUUACCCCUAAUUAAUUUCAGUUUUUUAAAAAUAACAAUUUUUUGGAAGAAAACAGUUUUCUGGUCUCAAAGUGAAACCCGUAUUAGCAGGUUGAUGGCAUUCUGCAGAUGGUGCAGCUUUCUGCUCCCUUGGCGUGGCCUCUUACAAGUAAUUCACCUUCUCAGGAGAGCGGUGAAGCUCACAGGCAGGCCUGCAUGGAUCUGCUGUGCUCGGAGUGGAUUACAGUUCAGACUGCCACCAGGUUUUCAGCUGCUGCUUCAUCGCUCUCUCAACGGUUGCACCUUUUUAAUUUAUUUGAAGUGCUGUUCUUUUUGAAAACACACCCUGCCAUGCUCAUGAUGUGCUCUCUGCUCUUGUGAGCAUGAUAUCUGCUGACAGUUGAGGAGGCAGGCUGCGAACAGGAAAGAAUUGGAGCACAGCUCAGUUGAUCACAGGUGUAAUCUGUGCUCGCACAGUACUGUACAUAUCUCAUUCAUGUUAAAAAAAAAAAAAAUCCAAAGCUGAAGAAAGAAGGCUUGUCUUGUUCUUCUCACUUAGGUGACUUGGCAGGAAGGCUUCCUCUCUCCCUUAGCAUUUUCCUUUGUAAAACUUGCUGACUUUUCUAACUUGCUGCCGUCGCUGCACCAGAUCGCAAGUGGAGGGGAAGGAGAUAAUGUUCCAGAAGGGAACAAAUAUCCUCAUUAUUUCUGUCACCCUUCUGUAAUCUGCCUGGAGGGGGCUUGCACCUCUAGCUGGAAUCUGCCUGCUGGGAAACAUCAGCCUGUUGUCCCCACCGUGCCCCCUUCCCCCCUGCGUUGAAGGAGGACUGAAAACACACACCAAAAAGCGCAGCGCUUGAACAUGUGGCAGCCAGCUUGGAGCGUUCCUAACAUGUGGCAGCAGUCCCUGGCCAGGAAAAUUUAAAGAUGCAGUGUUCAAGAACAAAGCUUUUUGUGGGAGAGAGGCAGUGCCACUACUGCCAUCCAGGGCCUUGUGUAAAGAGCAGGUGGUCCCAUGCACGCUUCCUAUCCUGAUACCCAGACCUGUGUGCUGUGGGCUAUUGCAUGGCACCUCUGGGUCGCUCCUGCAGCUCCAGCAGUGUGUGGGGCACGCAGUACCUGCAUGGUGUUCCUGUGGCAAGCAGUGCUGCUCUCAGCCAUGCACUUUCUGAGGGAACUCGCAUUUGCCUGCAUUACUGGAAGCCAUCCUCCGUGUUAUUUGCUCAGGAUCCCGUGUUUAACUGAAAAAAAAAAUGAGUAAUUAAGCAAAUUGAUCUGGGAAGCACGGAACCGUGCUUUGAUUUUAAUUGCAGCUGUGUGAAGGUGGUCUCUGAACUGUAGUAUCGGAAACAAAAGAAAUACUGCAUCUUUAAAUACUCGGCCAUCAUUUUGUGGCCCUUUUAUCCUUGCUGGUCUGUUCCAGAAAUAACUGUUCAGACAGCAGUGAUUCCACGAAUCCGUCAGGCAAAAUCAGGGUUGAUGCUUCGUCCUGUUUGCUGCAAUGGCUGAUCUGGUAUCUGUCCACAGCGGGGAGAAUUCUAAAAGGGUUUUUUGUAUCCCAGCCCCGUUGUUUCUUGGCCAUACAGUGUGUGCUAUCUCUGUGGGUGUGAGUAGUUUUGUGUCAUGCAUUUAUUCCUGCUGUGUGACACCCAUUCAGGGGCCUGGGGACAGCAUUAGCCUUUUCUGGGGCUGAAAGCAGUGAAGAACCCUGGUAGAAUUCUAGCUGCAGCACCUUGUUAAUACGGGUUUCACUUCCAAUAACAGACCCUAUUGCCACACUGUUCAUUUACUUAAAGAGAAGUGUAUGAAGAAUUUGUAACUUAAACCAGGCCAGACUGUUUUGGCUCUACCCAACAGAUGAGACAUGGAUAUUAAAAUAAGUUUUAAGAAACUGA